AUGAAUAACAAUAAGACUGAUAUAUAUAAUGAACUUAUUUUAAAAGAUUGGACAACAAAUAUCAAUGAUAAUGAAAAUAGUCUUGUUCAAUAUAAUGAACUACCAACUUAUGAAACAUUUAUUCGAGAAUGUUUACUUAAAAAUCGACCAGCACUUUUUACAGCUAAAUGUGGUCUCAUGAAUCAAUGGUCAUGUAUUACAGAAUGGUUAAAUAAAGAUCGAACAGAACCUGAUUUUGAUCGAUUGAUAAAUUUAUAUGGUCAUAUGACUGUACCUGUUACAAAAUGUUCAUUAAAUAUAACUGAAUAUAAUACAGAUGAAAAUAAAUUAACUAUGCGUUUUGAUGAAUUUGUUAAUUUAUGGCGUAAUAAUGAAACAGCAUCAGAAUAUUAUUGUAAAGAUUGGCAUUUACAAAAAAUGUCUGAUGAAACAAAAUCAUUAUUUUAUACAAUUCCAAUUUAUUUUCAAUCUGAUUGGCUUAAUGAAAAAUGUCUUGCAGAAAAUGAAGAUGAUUUUCGUUUUGUUUAUAUGGGUGGUAAUGGAACAAAUACACCAGUACAUAUGGAUGUUCUUGGUACAUAUUCUUGGUCAGCUAAUAUUUGUGGUCAAAAACGAUGGCGUUUUUCUAAACCAUAUUCAAUUGAGUUUAUACAACAACCUGGUGAUAUAUUAUUUGUACCAUCGGAAUGGUAUCAUGAUGUAACAAAUAUUGGUUAUACAAUAUCAAUUAAUCAUAAUUGGUUUAAUGCAUUUAAUAUUUUUCGUAUUUGGAAACAUUUAUGUUUAAUACUUGAUGAUAUUGAACAUCGUAUUGAAGAUUGUCGUUCAAUAAUGAGUGAUACUUGGUAUGAACAUUGUCAAUUAAUACUUCAAGCAAAUGAAGGAAUGAAUUUUCCUUCACUUUAUAAACUUCUAUAUAUAAUUGCUCAACGACGAUUAAAAGAAAAUAAUAAUGAACAGACAAAAUUUGAUUUAUGGAUGAUUGAUAAAUUAAUACAAAAUAUGUUACAUACUACCGCAUUUUUACAUGCUUGUGAUUUUGAUACAUUUCCUCAAAGACCAAAAGCAUUACUUAAACAAAUUCAUUCAUUUAUUGAGAAACAAAAACAAUAA